UUACAGCAGUAGGACAGCAGACUCCGGGCUUGCAAUGCAGCAAACCCGAGGUUGGUUCACAGACCUGUGGGGCUGCAACUCCCAACACCCGAAAUAAAAUCAGAAUGAUAAAAUCAUUCUCCGACUUGGAAUACGCCUGGGUGAAAUUGCACUUUUAAAUUGGCACUAGACUCAAAACAAAAUCUCUGACAGAUACGCAAUGCUGGCAAGCAAUUGCGGAUAAGCCGAGCUCUUAAAGCUUCUUCAAUGUGAUCGGUUUCCAUCCAACUUAAACUCGUAAAUCCAGGUGUGCACGGGCGGUGCGACAGGCGUUUUCAUACAAGGUCGAUGCUUGAGAGAAAAAAACUGAGCGACGAGAGAGAGAGGGGGAAAGCUCUUUGGUUCAGUUUGGGAGGAUACAACCGAUACUGCACCACCACAGCGCGUAGACUACUCAGUGGAGGUCUCAGUGACAUUCAUCACUGAAGUGUAUUCGCUGCUCUUACUUCGUCGCUGCCACAGUACUUGAGCUGGCCCUUUCGUGCUAAGUGAAUUAAGUCUAUUUUUGAACUCUGGUUUCUGGAGGAGCGAGUGGUGCACGAACGAGAAGGAGCAUUUGUAUGAAAAAAACGCCUCAGAAAAUUGUGACGCUGCUGGACAAUGACUUGAUGGGAAAUUUUGGUCCAAAAGAUGACCGAUUACAGGGAAGAUGGUAUGGAUUUGGGAAGUGACUCAUGUAGUCGAACAAGUUCCGAAUCAAGCUCCAACAAAGUGACACCAUGUUCUGAGUGUAAAUCCUCACCCAGCCUGGAUCUUGCCACUUUGGGGGACUAUGAAGCAGAUGAGGAUUAUCAAGAAUACAAAAAGAAGGUGAUAGAAGAGUGGGAAAAUGAGUAUGGUGACUAUUCAGAGAACAAUGACUUUGUUAAAACUGCCAACAGGAGUUUAGCAGAGGAGUUUCAAGAUGUAAAAGUCAUUCCUCCAGUUCCUUCUGUUGUUACACCAGGUGAAAUUAAGCAAAAUGGCAAUGUAGCACCAACUAAAGUACGUGGCAAAGGAAAUGAGGCUCUUCCAAAGCUGCAAAAAGCAUUGCGAAUAUCAAGUAGUGUUGUGGCCACUUCAGGGACUUUUGUAACAGAAGAACCUCAGCUCCCAACCAUGGAUUGGGAGGCCCUUGAGAAACACCUUGCAGGUUUACAGUUUCAAGAGCAAGAAGCACAGAAUCAAAACCAGACCCAGACAAAAGCAAACUUCACAUCUGCCCAAAAAAAUGAGAGGGAAUCGAUCCGACAGAAGUUGGCACUUGGGAGUUUCUUUGAUGAUGGCCCAGGAAUUUACACCAGCUGUAGCAAGAGCGGUAAACCCAGUUUGUCUUCACGCCUUCAGAGUGGCAUGAAUCUGCAGAUCUGUUUUGUAAAUGACAAUGGAAGUGACAAGGACAGUGAUGCAGAUGACAGCAAGACAGAAACCAGCCUGGACACCCCCUUGUCUCCAAUGAGCAAGCAAAGCUCUUCGUACUCGGACAGGGACACAACAGAGGAAGAAUCCGAAUCCCUUGAUGAUAUGGAUUUUCUUACAAGGCAGAAAAAGUUGCAGGCUGAAGCUAAGAUGGCUCUUGCUAUGGCAAAGCCUAUGGCGAAGAUGCAAGUUGAAGUAGAAAAGCAGAACAGAAAGAAAUCUCCAGUGGCUGAUCUGUUGCCUCAUAUGCCCCAUAUUAGUGAAAGUUUGAUGAAACGGAGUCUCAAGCCCACAGACUUACGCGACAUGACUCUUGGCCAGCUGCAGGUUAUAGUCAAUGACUUACACUCCCAGAUAGAGAGUUUAAACGAAGAGUUGGUCCAGCUUCUACUCAUUAGGGAUGAGUUACACAUGGAACAGGAUGCCAUGCUGGUGGAUAUAGAAGAUCUUACCAGACAUGCUGAAAGUCAGCAAAAGCACAUGGCAGAGAAAACAACAACCAAGUGAAACUGAGAAACCCUCCAACAAGCAACGAAGCUGGAGGGGAAAAAAAAGCUAGAUUUUAUUUUGCUUCUGUGGUUGUAAAAUGCUGACGCUCAAGAUGGUGCACUUGAAGAAAAUCAGUGUUAGUCAUUGGUACUGUUUGAAGCUUUAUGUCCAGUGAUUGGCCUAUGCUUCCUGUAUAAUUUAUUUUAAUAUGAUUACAUUUGUCACUGAGUUGUAUCAGGCAUUUCAGUAAAAUGUUGGUAACUGAUAUGCAAAAUAGUAAAAGAGCAGGAUUGGAAGAUAUAUAAUGUAGUUAAGAGCAGCUGACUUCUGACUCCCUUCAAUUUUAGUUAAACAGUAUUUUACCAUGGGCCUCUUUUUAUUCUUCACAGAUGGUAGUUUUAAACAAAUAAACUUUAUUUAAAGGUGCUAUUAAAGUCAAAGAAUACAUGCCUGCCUUGUAGUGAAGUUGUAGCUAUUGGUGAUUAGAUCACAACAGGUUUUCAACAUUUUGUAAAUGUUGAUGAACUGAUGACCAUUUUAAAGUGUGUUAAUAUAAUUUCAGUCAACUGGAUUCAGAAAUGUUAUGUACAAAUAUGUAAAAUAAAAAAAUAAAAUUUGUUUCCUAUGAUAUACUUAA